CGAUAUUCCGAACGACGACGCUACCGUGGUAGCGCGCUGUGUGGAAGCAUUUAGUUCGAGUGUUCGAACCAGUGAUAGCCGCGAAAAAUACUGCAAAAAUCCCCGUAUCGGAAAAUAUUUUCUGCGUUUGCAUACACACUCGCGUAUUUAUGGAAAAACUGUGUCGAAGGUGAAUAUUUUUUUUUUUUCAUUAAUUCAUUCGACGACGUCAGUCGAGCAAAUUUAUAUCGUCGAAUAUACAGCAUCAUUAGCCAUGGCCGCCGCUAUACUUACACGGUGUACGAAGAGGAAAUCUAAUUUCGAAGCAGAUUCGAAAAAAUGAACUCACCGACCGAUACGAAUGUAAAAUAGAUACCGAAGACUGUAUUUAACCGAGAAAAAAAAUGGGAGACGGUUACAAGCUGGAGAGGGUUGGAUUCUAUACCAUCGAGAGGAGAAUCGGAAAAGGAAAUUUUGCCGAAGUUAAAUUAGCCAGACAUCGAAUUACGAAAACUGAAGUUGCCAUUAAAGUAAUAGAAAAACGAAGACUGGAUGCAGUAAAUCUGCAAAAAGUUUACAGAGAAGUUGAUAUCAUGAAGCAGUUGGAUCAUCCGCAUAUCAUAAAAUUAUAUCAAGUAAUGGAGUCCAAUGACAUGAUAUUUAUCGUUUCUGAAUAUGCUAGUCAAGGAGAAAUAUUCGAUUACAUCGCCAAGCAUGGUAAAAUGUCAGAGAGCGCUGCUAGGCGUAAAUUUUGGCAAAUUUUAUCCGCCAUUGAAUACUGCCAUAAUCGAAGAAUCGUACACAGAGACUUAAAGGCUGAAAAUUUACUAUUGGAUAGCAAUAUGAAUAUAAAAAUAGCCGAUUUCGGUUUUAGUAAUUAUUAUAAUCCCAACGAAUUCCUAUCAACGUGGUGUGGUUCACCUCCUUACGCAGCUCCUGAAGUGUUCGAAGGAAAGAAAUACGUCGGACCGGAGAUAGAUAUUUGGAGUCUCGGUGUCGUAUUAUACGUAUUAGUAUGUGGAGCUUUACCUUUCGAUGGACCAACACUACAUGUUCUAAGGGAUAGAGUAUUAUCCGGCAGAUUCCGUAUACCGUAUUUCAUGAGUACUGGUUGUGAAUCUCUAAUAAGAAAAAUGUUAGUGCUAGAGCCGCAGAAAAGGUACACGAUAGAACAAAUUAAAAGACAUUCUUGGAUGGUAGAAGAAGCUCCCAGAUUACUUCCCAGUACCGGAGGAGGCGAUGGUAAAUCUGAACCAAAUGAACAAAUUCUAUUACUAAUGCAAAACUUGGGAAUCGACUCAGGGAACACCAGAGAAUCCCUUCGUUGCAAAUACUACGACCACUACGGAGCGAUUUAUUAUCUAUUCUUGGAUCAUCUACGUCAACACCACACAAUCCCCAUACAAGAUAUCAAAAAGAGUCGACACUUCGAAAUGAUCCAACAACGACAGCGAACUUCUCAAAAGAAACCAGCCCAUACGCCGGUUUUCCAGCAUUCGUCGCUAAAUAAUCCGAAUUUCGACGCUAUCAGCGGCUAUCGACGCUUAUCCGGCGACUCUCGUCAUUCGUAUAUUCAAGACUCGUCGAAGGAUAUCAACGCUCUGCACGAUAUCUCGUUGAAUUCAAAUUCGCUCUUUCAAACUAGUCCAUGUUCUGCGUUGGAGGCGAUCAAUGGCAACGAAAGUCGACAUAAGUCACCGGCUUGCUACGUUCACGUUAUAAAUCAGCAGACUAUCAUUAAUAAUAUCGCUCCGUUGUUGAACUUUUCCAAUAAUUCGUAUUCCAAAGAGCAAUUACCUUUGUCGCAAUUGCCUCUAAUGAGCUCUAGUUUAACUUCGCAAAAUUAUCAACCCGUUAACAUAUCAAGCGCUAGUCAUUCACCGUCGCAAAAUUCCGUUCUCAAUACAAUCAAUAACGAAUUACUGCAGCAGUACCAAGACACUCAUAUCUCUCCGUUGAAUAGCUCUUCGCCGUCUUCUCUAUCUGCGCACUCUUUUAAAAUGACUAGUCCGACGGUAGGACAAUACAGUACGUCACAAUAUAACACCUCGCCUAAUUACUCUCUAGUCAAUUCUCAGUUUUCGUCCAUCAUCAACGAGAUGGAAAACUUAUCGGAAACUGACACCGGUUUUAAUACGAAUUCUUACAGCGAUAGCGCUUCGAACGCGUUCAAAUAUUCGGAUAUCUCGGAUUACUCGACGGAAAGCUCGCGUUUCUCGUACCCCGAAACCAGCGGUAUAAUUGCUCAAUAUUCGAAUUCUACCGACGAAGGUGUCGAAGCUGAUAUCGACGAAGGGUAUCAAUGUCAACGUCUUUCAUAUGCUAGUUCUUCAUCUUCCAGCGGCGUAGGCGCACAAAAUACUAGUUUUAGUCAGAACGAAUCGUGUUCUUCGUUUCACGCUUUGACCAAUCAAAGCUCGUUCGAAAGUUACAAGGAUAAAAUUAAAAUGGAUGUUACGUCUAGUUUGCCUUCGUGUGCUGCGACCAGUGCCUAUAAUGUGGCUAGUGUUAAAACCAAGAAACGUAAGACGCCUUCGGUGUGUCCGAGCAGCUGGCGCAGGUAUAGCCCGCUGGUUCAAAAUCAGUCGACUAUUUAUCAGUUUUCGACUUCGAGAAGUGGCAUGAAAUCUCCGAGUGACUUCAGAGAAGGAAGACGUGCUUCUGAUGGUUUGGUUACACAACACGAAGGUAAAUCCAAGAACAUCGAAACCAGCAGUCUGAAAGAGAGUACUUCCAAAGACGCCAUUUUCAGCCCAGAAUACUUCAAUUUGACCGAGAAAGCCAAAGGUUUCCUAGAACUGCACGAAUUACACAAAGAACACUACGAUUUGAAAUCAUUAUACGAUAAUAUUCUCAAUCAAGAAGAAGAUAUUCUCCAAAGACAACUCCUAUCUCUUUCUUAUAAACCACAACACGAAAACAAAUUCAAAUACCCAUCUCCUCGUAGUCCAACCUACUCACGCCAAAGUCCUUACCAAGAAUCGUAUUCGAAAUCUUACGACACCACAGAAAGAGACAGCGUUUUCCUCGACUCCGUAUCGAGUUCAAUUUCAACUUGCAAAUCGCCCACAAAAAUACACCAAAAAUGGCAACAGAGCUCCCCCAAGCAAGCGUUUUCUCCCAUAAAACCGGCCAGCAUUCAUCACAAUAACGAAAUGAGUCCGUCGCGAAAUCGUAGAAAAAUCUUUAGACAGUUUAAGCACAAGCCCCAUAUACCUACGGUACCAUCGCUGCAAUCGUACACCGAUGACAUUCCUACAAUCAUCGAAGACAGCAGUAAUGGGUAUUUGAAAAAUGACGACCUCCUUGCAAGUCAAUGGCAGCAAACACUGCCAUCGACUUCAUCGUCGUCUCAAAGUGAAACAAGUCCACAUAUCACAUGGAGUUCGUCAAUUCAAGAAUCAGAUUCAUUCCAAUUUUAAUUUAUUAAAUCGUAACGUAUUCGUAGUUUUGAGUAGUGAUGAUGGAAUAUAUAGGUAUCAUUUUGUGUAAGUAGUCGGCAUUUUAAAACAAUUUUGCAUUUUGUUAUCCUUUAUUAUACGGAAUGAACUUUCAAUGGAUUUAUUUAUUGUAUUUUGAUAGGUAGUCAAGGUGAUAAUUUGAUAUUAAGAGUCGAUAUUUUAAUCCUUGGCACAUUGUAAAAUUUCUUAAAGCUUUCGUUUCGAAUUUUUAUGAAGCUUUAAUAUGUACCCUACCGUUUAUCCUACUGUGCUUUUUUUGUGUAGAAUUAAAUGAGAAAACUAUCUAGUCAUAAGAUUUUUUUAUAGGCCUACUUUAACACCAAAAUUUAUCGCCGUUAAGUUAAAUUAAAUUCGACUUACACACGACAGCAGUGACAGUAUACUGGAAAUUUAUUAGUCUGCAAUGUCGUUACAAGUUGCGAAAAUUUAAUCUUGAAACUAAAAUUCUAAAACGAGGCAAUUCUUCGUGUCAAAAAGAGUAAAAUUUAUCAUUCUAGAAGUUAAAAUGUAUUAUUAAUGAAAAACGAGUGAUGCCAAUCAUAUUUUUGUUUUUUAAAUACCUACAUUAUGUAUGAUCUACAUUUGUGUACCUAAUUAUAAUUUUUUAGCUUUCUUGUUUCGCUUUAAUAAUAAGGUUUAUUGUUAUUAGUAGAAAUGCUAAAUGUCUGUAAUACCUAAGAGUGAAAAAGAUGUAAGGUUUUAUGUUUUUGCCUCGACCACGAAGCUAGAAAUUGCGGCUCUCAGAAGAAUAAUAUUUUAGCAACUCGUUUUAUGAUGCAGAAAUGAAAAAAAAAUACUAUUUCUAGUCGACAGUUCGAAGCAUCGAGUAAAUUCAACCGAGGCACUUCUUUUUCGGUCUUAUUAUAAGUGUAAGUUUGAUAAUGACUUCAAAUAUCUUCCAUUUUUCUUUUUUAAAAUUUAAAUUAUUAGUGGUAAUUAGUGGAAAGGGUAAAAAUUACAUUUGUUAAACUGAAACAUAUCGAAACAUUAUGGGAAAACAUUUUCAACAUUUUAAUUUGUUUUGUAUUCCUUCAUCGCAAACAUAUCGCUACGAGUCACCUGAGGUAGAAUAUUCACUCAAAAAAAGAAACCAACUUAAAUUUAAUUACGAAGGUGGUGAUUUGUGAUACCUUUAUUUCAUUGCCCUGUAGAAUUGCCUCCAAAUUUCAAAAACAUAUGAUCACCAACGAGAAAUUUGUAAUCAAUGUGAAGUAUAAUCUUAUAAAUAAAAUGACCCAGGUAAUUCCGUCACAAGGUUCAAACUUAUUUGGAUUUUUUGACCAAUUUAGAAAAGUUCAGAAAUUAAGCAUUAAUCGUUGAACUUUGUACUAAAAAAUUUCAUUCAAUGAUAAAAGAACUAACAUUCAAUUGAUACGACGAUGAAAUUCAAAGAAAUCAUUUUCACUCAAGUUCUCAAACAAAAGACAAACGAGAAAAUGAUAUUUUUUUGACUAAUCCCUCUACAAAUAGAAAUUAUAACAAUCCUGUCACAAUUUGAAUCACUUCUGGUACUUCAUAAUUAUUAUUCGUUACCUUACCAUGCCUUUACCUAUCACAAUAACUGCAAUCUCAUAAUAAUCUAUUCAUCUUGGCUACUUGUUUCACUUCAUAUAUUGUUAUUUCUGCGAUUUAUUACGUUUUAUAUUAAGUAAAAUUAAUAAUUUAUUCCGAUUUUUUGUACCGUUGAUAAAUUGUUUCUAUUGCCUAUGACUAUCAAAUUGCAUAUUAUAGAAUUAUGGUAUCAUUAAUAAUAAAAAAAAGAUGAGAUAAAUUCAAAACCCACCGGUGUAAGGCCUGUAAAAACUAAUCUCAAAUUAAAACGAUGUACUUACAUCAUACAUAUUUGAAACAUAUUCUAAAAUUUAAUGAAAUUGAGUAAUGCACACUAAAAUAUAAAUGCAUUUUUGUAUUAAUUAUUGUGGACAAACUUUCCAUCACAAAUUUUAUGUUUUUUAAAAUUAUUACUAGCAAGAUUUUCUCUUCGAAAAUAAAUUAUGCAUUGCAAAAGUUUUGAAAGCACCAAUUCGUUGGUUGAAAACCUUGUUAAAAUAAAUUAUUUACUUUCAUUAGACAACGCUUUGCAUUAUAUGAAUUUGAAAAUGAUGAUAAGAUCUUUUCUGAAAUCGUAUCUAUUUUUGGAGAACUCGAGUUUAAAUAUGUGAACAAUAUAUUGAAAUUCUAUUGAAUGCUUAUUAUUAUGAACCGAACACAUAGCUAAAUAGGUCUUACGUAUAUUCAUACCGUACGAAGAAUCGAGCAAUGAGAAACACUCGGAGUAAUAUAAUAAUUAUUUUACUGUUUUUUACCACCUAAGAUAUAUAUUUUACACUUUGUAUACAAUUUUUUUAAGGAUUUCUUUCACAUUUUCACAUCAAUAUUUUCCAAUUACUUAAAGUCUCAUUGGUUUCAGCGUGUACAUAUAUUGUUCAUCAUAUUUAUCAAUAAUUUUCCUUCAACUGAAAACGAAUAUUAAAUAUUUUUAUUGUUUUUUUGUUAUUACUCGACAAUAAAAAAGAAACGAGGAUAUCCGUAAUAAGAUAUUGAAAUGUUUUUCAUGAUUUAUAUAUGUUCCUCCGAUGUAAACAUCAUUUGUUUUCAUGGAAAACUUUGAAUAAAAUUUUUAUAUACCGUUUA